CGAAUCAAAUCAGUAGAAGAAGAAGUUAUACCGGAAGUAGCACAGAGGCGUAAAGAGCCAGUCUGUUGGACACUGACUGAGAAAACGCUGAUUCCAACUUGAAAAUGUUGAAAUUCCUACCUAAGCUGCUGCUGCUCGUCCUGUUAGCAUUCCCGGCGACGAUUCUUUUAAACGGGCCGGCGGUGAGUGCCGUGGACCUGACUGAGGAUGAGGAGGCUGAGGCUGUGGAUGAAGACGUUGUGGACGAUGUGACUGCUGAAGAUGAAGAUGAUGGAGUUGAAGUGGAGGACGAUGAGAACACGGAGCUGCGGCGGCGUCCUCCUCCUAAGGUGGAGAUGGGAACAUCGAGCCACAACGACGUGGACAUGAGCUGGAUCCCUCAGGAGACGCUGAACCAGAUCAUGCAGAGUCGCAGAGACAAAGCGUCUCCCAGAAGAUCUCCUCGCAAGCGGAACCAGAAACGUUCGGCCGGCUCCGACGAGUGACAGACGAGCCGCCGCGGCGGCGCCGACCCGCCUGCCGACCCGAGGAGGCGCUCCGGACCGGGUGCGCUCCGUCUGCUGAAGAACUUUGACCGGUGCCGAGCGCAGACGGCUGGUUCUGCCUGAAACUUUGAACUUUGAAUCUGUUCUGAAACUCGUUGGUUUUCUUUAGAUAACUUUUUUUUUAAGACUUCGUGAGAUAAAAACCRGCUGAUCUUUGUGAGACGGUUCUGAUUGUGGUUCUGGUGUCGGGCUGCAACACUUGAAAUGUUCUGGUUUUACUUUGAAGGGGGGAUGUUUGAUCAGUUUGUGACAGGAAGCUUUUUUUUACUUCUAAUUGUUCUGGUUCUGGUUCCGUCCAGCCCUUAAACUCUGCAGUUUGUGCAUUAAACAGAAACAAAAAGCUAAAAGUUUACAGGAAAUAAUAAAAUCAUAAGAAUUUUCUUUUGCUUCUUGAGUUUUGAGAUUAAAAUUCAGACUUUUAUUGUGAAGGGCUGCAGGAAGUUCUGCUGUAGUCCACCCAGAAGAACCAGGACUCUGAUUAGAAGCAAAUCUGAAUUUCAUUAAAGCUUUUUAAACUUUUAAUCUUGAAACUGAAGAACAAAACAAAUCUUGAGUAAAAAUGUUUUUUAUUUUUGUAAGACGGUUUUGUUUAUUCUGCAGUCGGCUGUAUUUCCUGUUAUUUAACCCUGACAUGAAUCAGAUUAAAUUAAAUGWAACAAAGUGUCUGCAGCCUGACGGAGAGCCCAGAUAAACCUCCAGCUGUGCACAUCUGGAUCAGCGUGAAGCUGCCGUUUGACUCGGGUUUAUUUGAACGGUUCUCUGCAUGUUUGCUCGCUGAUUUCUUCUUCUUUAGACCUAAAACCGAAGCGUUUGGGUUGUUUUCUUUUUGUACGUUUGUUUACUUCAUGCAUCCUGUUUAAAAUCAGAUCUUUUAGUAAAAUGUUGAGUUUUUGGUUUGUAAAGAUGUGGACCGGCUGAAGCACUGCUGUAAAUACUGUGAUGAAUCCUGCAGCUCAUUCAAGCAGCUGAUUGGUCGAGAACAAGAUUUAUCAUUUUUGACCACUGGGGGGCGGUGUUUCUGCAGCCUCCUGUUUGUGACUUUACUUCCUGCAGUUUAAUAAUCUGUUCUGCUGCAAGAGAGAUAAGUGUUGACAUGACUCCACAGGAAGCUGAGCUGAUUAAUAUUUUUUUUUAUCAAACGUCAAAGGCUGUCGUUGAAUAAUUCAAACCUUUAAUUUGCUUUCAAACAGGCAGGAAAAUAAACAUGAAUUUGCUGUAAAACA